AUGAAGGCGCUGCGGCGGCUGAGCCGGCACCGCACCGCGCUGGGGCUGGGCGGGCUCUCGCUCUGCGCCGCCGUCCUGCUCUACCUCGCCAAGUGCACCUCGGAGGGGCUGCGCCCGCCGCCCGCGCCCGCCGCGCUCCCGCACGGCCAGCCCGGCCGGGGAGCCCGCGCCGCGCCCCCGCCCGCCCCCGAGGGCAGCGCCUUCGUGGCCGUGGUGGUGAUGAGCGGCCCCAAGUACAGCGAGCGGCGCAGCAUCAUCCGCAGCACCUGGAUGGCGGCGGCGAGGCAGGCGCCUCACGGCCGCGUCUGGAGCCGCUUCGUGGUGGGCACGGCGGGGCUGGGCGCCGAGGAGCUGCGGAGCCUGGAGCUGGAGCACAGCCGCCACCGCGACCUGCUGCUGCUGCCCGAGCUGCGCGACUCCUACGAGAACCUCACGGCCAAGGUGCUGGCCACCUACGUGUGGCUGGACGCGCACCUGGACUUCCAGUUCGCCCUCAAGGCUGACGACGACACCUUCGUGCGCCUGGAUGUGCUGGUGGAGGAGCUGAGGGCCAAGGAGCCGCGGCGCCUCUACUGGGGCUUCUUCUCGGGCCGCGGGCGGGUGAAAUCCGGGGGGAAGUGGAAGGAGAGCGCCUGGCUGCUGUGCGAUUACUACCUGCCCUACGCGCUGGGCGGCGGCUACGUGAUCUCCGCCGACCUGGUGCGCUACCUGCGCCUCAGCAGGGACUACCUGAACCUGUGGCAGAGCGAGGACGUGUCCCUGGGAGUGUGGCUGGCGCCCGUCGACGUCAAGAGGGUGCACGACCCCCGCUUCGACACCGAGUACAAAUCGCGCGGCUGCAGCAACAAGUACAUCGUGACGCACAAGCAGAGCAUCGAGGACAUGCUGGAGAAGCACCAGACGCUGGCCAAGGAAGGGAGGCUCUGCAAGGAGGAGGUUAAACUCAGGCUUUCCUACAUGUACGACUGGGGAGUGCCGCCCUCGCAGUGCUGCCAGAGGAAGGAUGGCAUCCCCUGAGGAGCCCCGGGAGGAAGCCUCGGCGUGAUGGACUCUGGCUGCUGUUACACGGGGAGAAUCCCAUUAACCGGGGGUUAAUUACUCUUAAAAAAAGAUUUUGCACGACUCAUUCUGUCGCCCCCCCUCGCCCCCGGGACUCCCCGGGAGCUGCUGACGUGGCAUGGUUCGAGAUGCUUAAAAAAAAAAAAAAAAAACAUAAUAAAACAGGUGACAGAAAGCACAGAAAAAGGUCAAAUGCCAGGAUCGAGGGCAAAUAAAAGGUGGCAAAACACAGAGAGUAGGAAAAAAACAGGAGGGAGAGAGCCGGAGUGAAAAGUUGGAACGGAUUCGGAGGUUUAUUUGCUAAAGGUCACGCUGGGUUUUGAUGCUGGUAAGACUGAAAUGAGGCUGCUGUUUAUCCCUUGGCAAGGAAGCGCCAGCUUGGCACGGAGAGAAGAGCCCAAACCGGGAGCAGGUUAUUCCCGAGGGAGCAGGUUGUUGCCACAGGCAGGAAAAUCUGGGAUCAGCUUUUCCCGGGAUACCUGCAGGGAGAGCAGCUCUGGCAGAGCAGGGAGCGAUUCAAUCUGUUCAUUUGUCUCCUGCUGCUCUUUGAAAGGCGACGUUCAUAAAUCACCUGGCAGCUCCCAAGGGAGGUGCCUGAGUUUUGGCAGAAAUGGAAUUCACCCUUAUUUUGGGAGAUUUUUUUAUUUGGCUUUGCGAAGCCUCCGGGUGUUGUUUUGAGCUCAUUUCCCUCCAACGCUCAAGGCUGCUCCAGGACGUUCAAAUUUAGAUUUAUUUUUAAUACAAAUGAGCAGGAGUCGAUGAGUGGGGGCUCAAAAAACGUUUGCCCAAAGGUGGGGAUUUAAGGUGUGAAAGUGAACUUUGUGUAGCCAAGAGAAAAAGGUUCCACUCACCCCAAAAAUCCAACUUUGAGAACUUGAUUUCUCCUUCCAGCACACGAAAACAAAAAAAUCACAUUUAAGGUGCUCAAAGCUGGGGGAAUUCCCUCCUCCUCUCCAACAACUCCUUGCAGAGGAACCAAAAUGGGAUGAAUUCUCAGUGACACAUCCACAAGUGGGAUUUUCCCCUCAGCCCUGGUUGCACCCAAAUAAUCAGAGCUCAGGCAGGACUCAGACGCGAUUUCUUUAUCUCCAGACCUGGAAUUCCGACAUUUUCCAGUGGCAGCUGCUCCGGAAUCUUUCCAGCCCCCUGUGCCCGCUGCUGCUCGUGCAGCGUGAGCGGUUUUUCCUGUAGAAAUGGGAAAUUUCCUUUUUUCCGUGUCUCUUUUUGUGGUCGUCGUUUUGCUUUUGGAGUCUGUUGCACUCAGCACUUUCAUCCCCGUUCCGUUCCCAACUCUGGAAGAGAAAAAUGGCAAAGAAAAACAGGAAAUUAACAAAAGUGCCAAUUUCCUCGUUCUUUUUGCUUCUUAGCAAAAUCAGGAAUUUCGGGAAUUAGGGCUACCAAAGGGAUCAAUUACGUUGGCUUUUUUUUAAUUAUUAUUAUUGUUUAAUUAUUGAAGAUUCAAAAUCUUCAGAUUUUUUUUUUUUUUAAUUUUGAAAAUAUUGAGGCUUUGGCUCCCUCCUAAAACAAAACUAAAAUCCUGCAAAAAACUCAAUUCUUUUAGCAUGAGCAGCUCAAGUAUUAUAAUUAUCAUUAAAAUAAUUAUAAUUAUUAGUAUAAUGCAUGCCUAGGCGUUACCAGGGAGUAUUUUGUCCCAGAAUAUCCUAUUCCAAACCAGGGGUUUUCCAAGACGACAGCAAAUUCCAGUUUUUUAAACAUCCAUUUGCCAUCUGAGGGUCAUUAAUGUUGUCUGUACCGUGAUAAAUUACCUGUAA